AGGCCACUUAGUCCUGUCCAAUAGGCACUCUAUGCGUGCGCACCUCGGGCUUUUCUCUCUCAAAACAUAAAAUCGCAUGUUAUAUCUGUAGGGACUCAGGGUUUCCUAACUAAGAGGAGGAAAAAGCUUAAUCAGAAAUCUCAGAGGUAGAAGAAGAAUCACCACCGGCCACAGUAACAAUGUCAACAGGCAAGAAAAUCACUUUGAAAAGCUCAGACGGAGAGACCUUUGAGGUGGAUGAGGCGGUGGCUCUGGAAUCGCAGACGAUAAAGGACGCGAUAGAGGUCAGUUGCGCAGAUAACGGUAUCCCUCUGCCUAAUGUCACCAGCAAAAUUCUCUCUAAGGUAAUUGAGUACUGUAAGAAGCAUGUCGAGACCUCCAAGUCUGAUGAUCGUCCUUCUGUUGAUGACAAGUUGAAGGUCUGGGACGCUGAGUUCGUCAAAGUUGAUCAGGCUACUCUCUUCGAUCUCAUCCUGGCUGCCAAAUAUCUAAACAUCAAGAGCUUGCUGGAUCACACUUGUCAGACAGCAGCAGACAUGAUCAAGGGCAAAACUCCAGAGGAAAUUUGCGCGACUUUCAACAUCAGGAAUGACUUUACACCUGAGAAAGAGGAGGAAGUUCGCCGAGAAAACCAAUGGGCCUUUGAGUGAAAGGCCAGGAAAGUGUAUUCCUAAUUCCCCUUUUAUGUUGGACAUGGGUGUUCCGGAUUACUACUUUGCAAACAAUUGUUAUUUUACUUGCCUUGUUCCCUACCCAAAACAAUCACCAACUCUGAUGUCUGGUUGUAACCUGUUUGUUAAGUUUGUGCUGUUUGUUAAGUUUGUGCUUUAAUUUGCCUAA